UGGCAGCUGCUCAACGAGUUCCACCCUGAGUUUCCAUCCUAAGAAGUUCUUCGGUAAUCAAAACCCACUCAAAAUGUUCAAGCUGUUCGUCUUCCUCGCCUUCUGCCUGGCUUUGAGCUGUGCCGCUCCCGGCCUGCUGCACUCGUCGCCCAUCCUGACCCACUCGUACCACAGUCUGCCCUCGGUGCGAGUGAUCCACCAGCCCAUCUGGACGUCCUCGCACAGCGUUGUGCAUCCCAUCGGCGGCUUGGGGGGCUAUGGCCAUGGUCAUGGACAUGGCUACGGCUGGCUCUAGGAUCUGGGUGGAGCCGUCUCACAAAUAGGCGUCCUCGAGCUGCCGACAGAGCCCCUGUCGCCCCAGGUUAUUCCUUGGAGUCUAGCCAUUUUUUGAUGGACAUGCCUCGAAUAAAUAUCUGAAAUU